CUCUCUUGCUCCUCUCCGUCUUUGCUUUGCUCUCCCAGCUCCGUCUCACAGCUCCAAUUGCUUCCCAUCGCCACUCUACGCCAUCCGUCACUCCCUCAAGAUGCUGAAGAACGGUAUUGCGCGCGCAGCCCGCGCCCAUGCCUUCCAGCGCACCAUCCGCCCAGCCGGCCUCCGACAGGCCUUCCAGCCCAAAAUCAGCGUGCCCAUCACCUCCCAACGCUUCCAGAGCUCCGAGAAUGCGAAGGAGGGCAAGGUGCACCAGGUCAUCGGUGCCGUCGUGGACGUGAAAUUCCCUACCGACGUCCUCCCACCCAUUCUCCAGGCCGUCAACACUGAAAACAAUGGUCAAAAGCUCGUGCUCGAAGUCGCUCAACAUUUGGGCGAGAACAUCGUGCGAUGCAUCGCCAUGGACGGUACCGAGGGUCUGGUGCGUGGCCAAAAGGCCACUGACACCGGCUCCCCCAUCAUGAUUCCCGUCGGGCAAGGUACGCUCGGGCGUAUCAUGAACGUCACGGGUGACCCCAUCGAUGAGCGCGGCGAGAUCAAGCACGAGAAGAAGCUGCCCAUCCACGCCGAGCCUCCGGCCUACGUCGAUCAGUCUACCUCUGCCGAAAUCUUGGUCACUGGUAUUAAGGUCGUCGACCUGCUCGCCCCGUACGCUCGUGGUGGAAAGAUUGGUCUCUUCGGAGGUGCCGGUGUCGGCAAGACUGUGUUCAUUCAGGAGCUGAUUAACAACGUCGCCAAGGCCCACGGUGGUUUCUCCGUGUUCACUGGUGUCGGAGAGCGCACCCGCGAGGGCAACGAUCUCUACCACGAAAUGCAGGAGACUGGUGUCAUCAACCUCGACGGCGAGUCCAAGGUCGCGCUCGUAUUCGGACAGAUGAACGAGCCCCCGGGUGCCCGUGCUCGUGUCGCCCUUACCGGUCUCACGGUCGCAGAGUACUUCCGCGACGAAGAGGGACAGGACGUGCUCCUCUUCAUCGACAACAUCUUCCGUUUCACGCAAGCCGGUGCCGAAGUGUCUGCCCUGCUCGGCCGUAUUCCGUCUGCCGUCGGAUACCAGCCCACUCUAGCCAUUGACAUGGGUGGUAUGCAAGAGCGUAUCACCACCACCCGCAAGGGCUCCAUCACUUCCGUGCAGGCCGUCUACGUGCCCGCUGACGAUUUGACCGAUCCCGCUCCGGCCACCACCUUUGCCCAUCUGGACGCCACGACUGUGCUUUCGCGUGGUAUCUCCGAGUUGGGUAUCUACCCCGCCGUCGACCCUCUGGACAGCAAGAGCCGUAUCCUUGACCCUCGUGUCAUUGGUGACGACCACUACAACACCGCCGGUCGCGUGCAGCAGAUUCUGCAAGAGUACAAGUCGCUGCAGGACAUCAUUGCCAUUUUGGGCAUGGACGAGUUGUCGGAACAGGACAAGCUCACUGUCGAGCGCGCACGAAAGCUGCAGCGUUUCCUCAGCCAGCCCUUCACCGUCGCCCAGGUCUUCACUGGUAUCGAGGGCAAGCUGGUCGAGCUGAAGGACACCAUCUCCAGCUUCAAGCGCAUCAUUGAGGGCGAGGGCGACGACCUGCCCGAGGGUGCUUUCUACAUGGUCGGCGGCUUCGACGAGGCGCGGGAGAAGGGCGAGAAGAUUCUCUCGGAUCUCGAGAAGUCUGGCGACUCGUAGAUGCAGCAGUAGCGGGGUGAGAGUGAGAGGAGGAGAGCGGAGAGGGUGCUGUAUAGAACACUGGAGCGCCUAACGGGAAGAAGAGGCGCGGCAUGUGUUUGUGGUUUUGUAACCGUAGAUAUCGUGAAAGUCCUUCUCCUUUUCUACUCAGGUGGCUUUGCUUUUCUCAUCGCUAACUACUGUACGGCCUUUGCAGUGUGCUCAGCCGC